CCGGUUACCAAGGCAACGACUUUUGCGUCUCAAUAAUUUGAAACAUAGCAGUUAGAAUAGAUUAUAACAUGUUCGUUUGUGUGUUUUUUUCUCAUUACUUUAGUUUUAAAAGUCCACCCCUGCGUUCAUUGCUCUAAAACUAUUAAGUAGUUCAAAAACAACAUUUUAUUCACGUUUUAAGGUUUGUCUGGCUUUAUCAUCUCAUGUCUCUACGGAAGAUUUAUUUUUGAAAGUUGAAGAAGAAGUUUCCGAGAUGAAGUGUACUAUGACGUCAAGCAGCGGUUGCGAAGAAAGAGUUACAGUCAGGAGGACUGAAUGUGCGGAUGCCGAGGCCAUUGAACGCCUCAUCACCCCUGAAGCGCGGCAACUUUUUGGCCCAAUUAACGUCCUUCAACUCCUGGAGAAGGCCAACCUGGCAGUGACCUUGGCCAAUGAGGACGGCGACGUGGUGGCGCACGCCUCCUUCUUUGACCAUCCCACCGCAGCGCUGGUGGAUCCGCCUCACUGGGAAUCUUACCUGCACAAACACUUCAAAGCGGACGCCUUGACACCAUGGAACACGCUCUUCCUCCAUCUGUUUGUGUCCCAGACCUGCUUCUCCACUGCAAGCUUUCAGCACAUCAUCAGCGCUGUGUUCAACACCACUGCUGAGCUGGACUACGUGUGCCUGCUGAGCGCAACAUCUGUCUGCUUAGAAGCGGCCUUGGACAAGUUGUUGGAGCCCUUGCAGCGUCUGACUGAAGAAGAAGAAGAAGAAGAAGAAGCCGCUGUGCUGAAUUUGUUAGUGUGUCACAGGCAAAGACUCUGCCCAAGACUCUAUGUCCGGCCAGCAAGGGUGGAAGACCACGAUGACGUCAUGCACAUCGUGGCUCAGGAGACAAAAAUUCUGUCGGUCAUGCGCCGGCCGUACUUCCUGUCGGAGCUCAUCGAGGCCCAGGACGAGCGCAACCACGCUGCUGUGUGUGAGUGCGACGGCGUCAUCACGGGUUUCAUCAGCGUGACUGCGGAGGUGGAUGUAUGGCGACUGCAGGAACAUUUCAACCUGACUCACUAUGGCGGUUUGUGGAAAGCCAAGCAGGUUGACAGCGACGACACUGAUCCGCAUCCUGACAGCGCCAAGGAACCACCGCAAGAACCGUCACAAGAACCACCACAAGAACCGCUAGAAGAACAAGAUCCAGGAGGAGGAGAAGAAGAACCCCAGGAGGGGGAAGAGGAGGUUCUGUCUGCAACAUUUGAAGAACCCUCAGCAGUACCCAACACCUUCUGUAUCCAGUUCUUCUUCUCAGAGAAGAACUAUGAGAUAAGAUCACUCGACUUGAUUCCAUACAUAUUCCAACUCUUUCCGUAUCUGGACUUCUGCAUCAUCACCGUCCCGACGUUGUCUCCGGACUUCCCGCUCCUGCAGAACUUCCAGAGAGUUCCUCCACGACCCAGCAGCCUGUUGCCCUCUGACCUCUAUGUCCUGCACCGUGAUAGUCUGAGGAGCGUCAAAGUGCGACUGGCGACGGAGUCCGACAGGAACGGCGUGGCCGACCUGAUGGCCGACAUGAGACUGGGAGGAGACGCCCUGCUACAGGACCUGGACCUCAUCUUCAACAAUCAAAGUGAUGGGGCCGAACGUCCUCUGCAGGCCUUUGUGGCCGACGUGGAUGGGGCCAUGGUCGGGACGUUGAUCAUCAGCGACGAGAAGGACAUGGAGUACAUCCGGGCCCGCUACAACAUCGAGAACUUCAUCUACUUCAGCCAUCACGGCAGCCACGAGCAUGCUCAACUCCACCACUUUGUACUCCACCGCUGCUUCCAACACGUCAGUCGACAUUUCUUCAAAGAGACACUGCGGCUGGCCCGCAAGUCCAGCUUGUACCACCGCGUGUACCCGCUCGACUCGGGCCAAGAGAACUGCUGUGUGCAUCAUCUUGACUAUGUCCUGGACUGCGCCGUGCCCGUGCGCCCUCGCCGUCAAAUCAUCUACCCUCUCAUGGAGCUCGGCGCCAACGCACCUGCCAGGAGCAUCACCGACGAGCAGGCUCCGUUUGCGCUAAACCUCAUUAGCCGUAAACUGACCAUGGAGCCGAAGGUCACGGUCAACGCCAGGAUCGUCCUGGUGGGGGCGUCGGACACGGGCCUGUCCUUCCUCGAGGUCCUUUGUUUCUGCCCCCACCUGAGAUUCAACAACCUCACCCUCAUCUCGACACAUGGUUUCCCUGCCGACUGCAGCCUGACCGGCGCCAAUUUCCUGUCCACCAGCCACGCCUACAGCAGCAGAGACAUGGCGCAGCUGCCUCUGCGCUCCUGUGUGGCCGAGGUCGCUGCCAAGAUGGUCGCCAUCCAGAGGAAGUCGAAACACGUGGUGGUGUCCAGCGGCGCCAAGAUUCCCUACGAUUACCUCGUCCUCUGCACGGGCCUGCAGUACCAGGUGCCGUGUCCAAAGGAAAUGAAUCAAGACCAGCUCGACGCAAAUGACCAGAAGGAGGUGGCGUCCUUUCCCCCCAGGUACACCGGCACUGUACCCUCCAAUUUAUUCACCCUAAACGACCCACAUGACUGCAACACAGCUCGAUCCUGGCUGCUCAAAAACUUUGUGAGGAGUAAAGAUAACGUCAUUGUCUACGGAAAUGGCCUUGACGUCUUCACCACCGUGGAGAUGUUACUCCGGAUUGGAGUGCGCAGUUCCUGCAUCUACCUGGUGCUGACUCCUCCUCAGCGUGCCUUGGCCAAUGAUUUGUCUCCUGCAAGUGAUGUCACCAACGACCCAACUGCUGAGGAUGAUGUCACCCAGGAGCCGCCUCGUGAGAUUGAUGUCACAAAUGAAUUGCCUUCUGAAAGUGAUGUAACAAAUGAACCACCUCCUGAAUGUUAUGUCACUAAUGACCUGCCUCCUGGGUGUGAUGUCACCCAUGAUUUGCCUCAUGAGGUUGACAACAUCAAGGCUUCACCGUCUGAGAUUGACAACACCGAUGAUUCGCUUCCUGAGAUUGAUGACACCAAUGAUUCGCCUUGUGAAAGUGACAUCACCAAUGACCCGCCUCUUGAGCAUGAUGUCACCAAUAAUUCGCCUCCUGAAAGUGAUGUCACCAAUGACCAGGUUCCUGAGAGUGAUGUCACCAAUGACCUACCCCCUGAAAGUGACGUCACCAAUGAUUCACCUCCUGCAAGCGACGUUACUGAUCCACCCCCUGAGAUUGACAUCACUAAUGAUUUGACUUCUGAAAGUGAUAUCAUUAACGAUGCGCCUCCUGACAUUGACGACAUCAAUGAUUUACCUCGUGAAAGUGACAUCACCAUUGAUUCAUCUCAUGAAAAUGACACCACCAGUGAUGCACCUCCUGAGAUUGAUGUCACCAAUGAUGCGCCUCCUGAAAGUGACGUCACCAGCGAUGUGCCUCCUGAGAUUGACGACACCAAUGAUUCGCCUCGUGAGGUUGACGACACCAAUAACUCACCUCCUGAGGUUGACAUCACCAAUGAUUUGGCUACUGAGAUUGACAUCACCGAUGAUUUGCCUCAUGAGGUUGACGACACCAAUGAUUCGCCAUCUGAGGUUGAUGACACAGAUGACUGGCCUCCUGAGAUUGACGACACCAAUGAUUCGCCUUGUGAGGUUGAUGUCACCAAUGAUUCGCCUCGUGAAAGUGAGGUCACUAAUGAGUCACCUCCUGAAAGUGACAUCAUCAAUGAGUCGCCUCCUCAAAGUGAUGUCACCAACAAUUCACCUCCUGAGAUUUACUCCUCCAACGAUUCGCCUCCUCAAAUUGACGUCACCAACGACCCGGUUCCUGAGAAUGGCACUUCUACAGACCUGCUUCCCAAUAGCACCGUCACCAACGAACCACCGUCUGAAACCAGCGUGCUCAAUGACCCACUUCCCGAAAGUCUCUUCUCUGAUGAGUCACCUACUGAGCCCAGCGGUUUGUACUUUUCCGAUGUGGGGGUGGAGAGCGCGGUGAUGGCGGCCAUGAAGAAGUCUCAGCUCAACGUCUACCAUGACUGCCUACUGAUGCAGAUGAACAACGGCGCCCAUCCUGAUCCUCUCACGUCCGUUUCCUUCAGCACCUCCUCAGAACCACUCCAUCUGCCGUGCGGUGUUUUCAUCAACCUGUCCAGCCGAGGAGUAGACUACGACGCCUUUAGGAGCAUCAACAGCUCCUUCCUGGUGUUCGACGGCCGGCUGGUCAUUGACAGCGCCUUUCGAACCAACGACGCCGCCAUCUGGGGUGCCGGCCCGCUAACCAAGUUCUCCCGCGCUUACUACAGCGACGAGUGGUCACAUGCCAACUUCAACUCCAAGGAGGUGGGCCAGGACCUGGCAGCCGUGUUGCUGACGCAUUUUGACCCCACGCUGGAGGCCCCCCGCGAGACGGUGGCCGCCGGGAACCGCCUCGUUCCCAUUUACAAGCAGCCCAAAAUCCAAGGUGGCAAUUUACCAGGACGAUUAAACUAUCUUCACGUGACCAAACCGGUCGCCAGCAGCCCGCGCGGACCUUCUGUGGGACAUGCCCGACGUAUUGCGACAGGCAGCCCGGAGAAUGGGGACUACUUCUGCUUGCAUCUGGACCGCAACCAAGUGGUGGAGACCGUCACCUGUUUGUCCUUUAAGCCACUCCCUGUACACAACCUGAUGUGUCUGUAUGCCAAACACCAGCAACUCCUUGGACAACUGCUGGUUAGACUGCACCUGCAGCAGAUACACGACCUCUACAGCUUCUUCAGCCAGAGCUGGUGUUUGGCCAUCUUUCACGAUCGUUUCUCCGACUUCGAGGAGGAGAUUCUUCAGCUCACCUCGAACGACGCUACGGUUGAUGGAGAGGAGCCUUGGGGCAGCGCCCCUCAGGACGUGAUAAAGGAUCCCGCCAGCAGAGCGGCACUGAGGAGCAACGCGGCCAAAUAUUUGUCUUUCAACCGCAACCUGCUGCCCAUGUUCACUUGCCCAGAUGACUUGUGACGUCAACGUCAUCACAGAUGACAUCAUGAUCAUCACAGGUGACCAUGGGUGGCAAAAGUACUCACACCCUUAAAUAGCGUACAGAUACGUUACAAUUGAUUGUCGUGGCAAUUAGCCGUCACCUUGUGUAGUGGAGUAAUAUUGUUUUGAUUUUAAUCGUUGUUUAAAUUGCUCCAAAGAAGUUUCAUCAUAAAUCGACUCCAUGCCUAGUGAUGAUUUUUUUUUAAUACGUUUUAACAAUAAUCUUGCUUUUAAGUAGGGCUGCAAAUAACGAUUGUAAAUAAUCGGUUAAUUUGUCAAUUACUUUUUCGAUUAAUCGAUCAAUUGGAUAAAAAAAAUAUUAAUUUCCAUGUGAAAAUGCAACAGUAUAGGACAGCAAUAUAAGGGAUCAAAGCAACUUGAACACAGCAGUGUUUGGAAACUCAAGCAAGAUGUUUUUUGUUUUGUUUUGUGUCUGAAAGGUUGUCAUUUUGGAGCAGGUGGAAUUCUGCCUGGCAGCGACGAUAAAAUAAAAUAAUAAAUAAAAUAAAAAUAUGACUAAGUACAGCCACUUUAUAGUACAUUACUUUGUCCACAUCGGCUAUGGUGUGAAUUUGUUGUUGACCAUUUGCACCCCAUUGGGCCUAACAAAAAGUGACAUCCUCAUUAUCAUCAUGUGUGUCAAAAUAUUUCCAUGUGACACUGGUCUGUGGUGCACAAGAGGUUGGGCCUGCUGGUGGAAGGCUUUUACAAAUUUAAAGGUCCUGUAUUUUGCCAAACCAACUUUUUCUAGUAUUUGGGAUGUAAUAUUGUCUCAGUGGUGCCUCAGUAAACAUGUGAAAUAUGAAUUAAAAUCAUCCUCGCAUCCCUGAGCUCCAAACGUUUUUCUGCCGGGAGGCCUGCAAUCAGGUAAUUCAAAUUUCUCAAGCUUAUGUACGUCACAAGCGAAGAUCUCAGCCUACGUCUCCACUCCCGAGCCAGAGCUGACUACAGCCAUCCAUCCCUUUUUUCUACCGCUUCUCCUCACUAGGAGCCUAUCUCAGGUAUCUUCAGGCGAGAGGUGGGGUACACCCUGCAACACCCGGCAACUGGUUGCCAGCCAAUCACAGGGCACAUAGAAACAAACAACCAUUUGCACCCACAUUCACACCUACGGGCAAUUUAGAGUUGCCAAUUAACUUACCACGCAUGUUUUUGGGAUGUGGGAGGAAACCGGAGUGCCCGGAGAAAAGCCACGCAGGCACAGGGAGAACAUGCAAACUCCACACAGGCGGGGCUCGGAUUUGAACCCCAGUCCUCAGAACUGCGAGGCAGAUGUGCUAACCAAUCGUCCACCGUGCCGCCUGGGUGACUACAGUGCCAGUGAAUAACCCCUCUUUGGUGUUACUGUACACACAGUGGGUGUGUCGCAAGUCUGGAUGGGAGAAUCUGCGUAAAUGGAAAAGCGGGCAAAAAAAGGACUUCCGCUCGAACGGGAGAAUGUGGCCCAAUGUAAUAAGAAGAUCUUGAAAGUAGAUUAUUAUUCUCUUUUUACAUUACCACAAGUCAUGAUGGGUUUACUUUACAGCUGUAUGUUAAUGAGGCUCACAGACACACGCACACAUACACAAAGCAAUGCAACCAGCUGGUGUGACGACAAGUCAUAUUGUCAAAUAUCAUCACACAUAGUUAGCAUCACAAUGUGCUGAAACAUACAAAUAGCUUUUAUUGUUAUUAUUGUUGUUAUUUUUAUUAUUAACAAGAUUUAGCUUGGAAGAAGGUAGAUUUUAUUAAGAAAUUUAAUCAUGUUUAUUUGAAAGGUUUGAAUUGUCAAUUAUCAUUUAAAAUCCGUCUUUAUGUGUGCGUGCGUGUGCACGUGUGUGUGUGUGUCAGACACACAUGCAUAAUGAAUGAAGAUGGCGGCUGCUUUGCAUCACAAUGACUUCACUGGUGUGAAAAGGAAACAGCAAAACGGGUCAGGGGUCACGUGGGUUGGGGAGGCGUGUUUUUUUUGUGUGACAUUUGUCUUAAAAUUACAAUUUAGAAAACCAGUUUUCUUUAAGUUCUGUGUCAUGUGGUGUUCAUUUCGUUUCAAUUGAGAAAACUGAUUGAUAAUACAAAUUGAGUUGAGUAAGUUACAAGCUUGGUGACUGAACGAAUUAAACCCAUAAAUCAACGGUAGGCCUACCACUGUAUUGUGAUGAAGCUGAGGCACGUGUGUGUCUACAGAAAGUCAUUGAAGCGUAACAGCAGGCUGCUGGCGUGUGCCCGGGUCGACAUCAUGGGAGAGGGGGGCAGAAGAGUACAGGGGGGGGGGGUUCUCAGGAGGAGGAGGCAGUGUGUGUGUCACCUCCUCACACACAUAAAAGCCCUCAGGUACAUCUGCUUUGCAAUCUGCCUCUCCCUCCUUCAUCAUCCUCACAGUCUAAAUCCAAGAGGGAGAAUGAGUGGGGCGGGGGGUAACCUCCCUGUGAUUGGUUGCUGA